GAAUAAAUGCGAAUGUACUCGCUGUGCUGUUACUGGAAGGAUGCUUGAGAAGUAAGAGCAUCCCAGUGUCUGUCGUCAAAAGGAAUGAAUGGACAGAUGUGGACAGGAAACGAGUUAUGAAUGACAUCAUCACAACCAUGUUUAAUAAAAAAUUUAUGGAAGAGCUGUUUAAGCCACAGGAACUCUAUUCCAAGAAAGCUCUGCGAACAGUGUAUGACCGGCUAGCUCAUGCUUCAAUCAUGAGACUGAACCAGGCGAGCAUGGACAAGCUGUAUGACCUCAUGACUAUGGCUUUCAAGUACCAAGUACUGCUGUGCCCUCGGCCCAAAGACAUUCUGCUGGUCACAUUCAAUCACCUGGAUGCGAUCAAGGAUUUCGUACGCGAUUCUCCUGGCAUUCUGAACCAGGUGGACGAAACUUUCCGACAGCUGAUUGAAACAUACAGCUGUCUCUCUGCUGGUGAAUUUCAGCUCAUCAGGCAAACACUCCUCAUUUUUUUUCAGGACAUGCACAUAAGGGUGUCUAUCUUUCUGAAGGAUAAAGUGCAAAACUCUAAUGGUCGCUUUGUGCUGCCGAUAUCAGGCCCUGUUCCUUGGGGUACGGAAGUUCCAGGACUCAUCAGGAUGUUUAAUCGCAAUGGAGAUGAAGUUAAAAGAACUGAGUUCACCACUGAUGGAAACUAUGUUACUCCACAAAGGGAAGGAUCUUUUGAUCUUUAUGGAGACAGAGUCCUCAAACUUGGAACAAAUAUGUACAGUGUUAGUCGUCCAGUAGAGACACACAUGUCAGGAUCAUCCAAAAACUUGGCAUCCCAUGCAAAGGAGAAUAUAGCCCCUAACCCUCUUGCUAAAGAAGAACUGAACUUUUUGGCCAGGCUGCUGGGAGGUCUGGAGGUCACGAAACCUGGUGGCAGUGAGACAGGAUUCCGACUGAAUUUGUUCACAACUGACGAGGAGGAAGAACAUGCUGCAUUGACUAGACCAGAGGAGUUAUCUUACAAGGUUAUCGACAUCGAAGCCACGCAG